AUGCCAAGACUUUUUGUAAGCUUGUUUUGAAUGUGUCCUGCGUACCUAUCUGCAUCGGAAUAAUCAGUUGAAAGAAACGAACAUAGGAAGUCUUUGAAUCAAGAAACGAUUUUCAAGAAAUUCCAAUAUCUCAGCCGAUUCCCCCAUGUUCGCCAAGCGCUUCUUGCAGAAAGCUACUCUCCAUUCUCAGAACUUGCAACACGGCAGUUUGACGGAAACAGACUUGGACCUGCGAAUUGCAGUUCACUAUGGCAUCCCGUCUACAUCUUCUAUUCUCGCGUUCGACCCCAUUCAACGCCUUUUAGCCAUUGGGACUCUGGAUGGAAGGAUUAAAGUGAUUGGCGGCGAUGGUAGAGAAGGACUUCUUAUAUCCCCAAAGCAAUUGCCCUUCAAAUACAUUGAGUUUCUGCAAAACCAGGGUUACUUGGUUAGCAUCUUAAAUGACAAUGACAUUCAGGUUUGGAAUCUUGAGAGCAGAUGUCUUGUUUGUUGUUUACAAUGGGAAACCAAUAUAACUGCUUUUGUUGCAAUCCAUGGCUCCAACUUCAUGUAUGUCGGUGAUGAAUAUGGUUUGAUGUCUGUGCUGAAGUUCAAUGCCGAAGAAAGAGCAGUUUUGAAGUUUCCCUAUCAUAUUUCUUCGAAUACUAUAAGUGAUGUUGUCGAGUCUCCAUUUCCUACUGAUCAACCCGUUGUUGGAAUUCUUCCCCAACCUUGUUCUUCUGGAAAUAGAGUCCUGAUUGCAUAUCAGAAUGGAUCAAUUGUGUUAUGGGAUGUUUUGGAAGCCCGAAUUGUUUUUUCUGGAGGUGAUAAGGAUCUCCAAUUGAAGGACGAAGUAGCAGAAGCCUCAACUGCAGCCAAUGUAAAUUCUUUAGAAGAUAAAUCUGAACAUCCUUUAGGAGAGAAAGAGAUAAGUGCUCUUUGUUGGGCAUCUUCCAGUGGGUCCAUUCUUGCUGUGGGUUACAUAGAUGGAGAUAUUCUGUUUUGGAACACAUCAUCUGUAGCUUCUAGUAAAGGUCAACAAGCAUUGUCAUCACCUAACAAUGUUGUUAAGUUAAGAUUAUCAUCUGCGGAAAGGAGACUCCCUGUCAUUGUCUUACAGUGGUCUGCAACUAAUAAGUCCCGUAAUAAUUGUGAUGGCCAAUUAUUUAUUUAUGGUGGAGAUGAAAUAGGAUCUGAGGAAGUUUUGACGGUUUUAACACUUGAAUGGUCGUCUGGAAUGGAUACUUUAAAAUGUGCUGGUCGCAUUGAUAUUACACUUACUGGCUCUUUUGCUGACAUGAUUUUGUUACCAAGUGCUGGGGCAAUAGGGAGUCAAAAGAAAGCUGAUGUUUUUGUACUAACAAGCCCCGGACAACUGCAUUUCUAUGAUGAUGCUAGCCUUUCUUCCUCGUUGUCCCAGCAAGACAGGAAACCAUCUUUUAGUGCUGUGGAAUUUCCUGCCAUGAUACCAAUGAAUGAUCCGACCAUUACUGUUGCUAAACUUUUUACCCUUCGGACCGGGGAAGACUCAUUAAACACUCUAUCAGAGUUGACCUCAAAUUUGAAACCUGGUUCAAUUACAACCCCGGCUAGUGGUGUAAAGUGGCCAUUGACUGGGGGUGUGCCCAGUCAACUGUCUACUACUAAAGAUAAAAGGAUAGAGAGACUGUAUCUGGCUGGGUAUUCAGAUGGGUCUGUUCGGAUAUGGGAUGCUACUUUGCCAGUCUUAAGUUGUCUUUUGGAAGGCCAGGUGCAAGGUAUUAAAGUGGCCGGUUCAAGUGCUCCUGUUUCAGAAUUGGAUUUUUGCUAUCUCACUUUUAGUUUGGCUUUAGGCAAUGAAUGUGGACUGGUUUGUAUUUAUGAUCUCAAAGGCUGCUCAAACGGAACAAACUUCCACUUCGUCACAGAAACUAAGCAUGAAGUUCACAUUUUGUCUCACGAAAAAGGGCUUCAAUGUAGUGCUGUUUUUUCUCUAACCGAUUCCCCAGUUCAAAUGUUAAAGUAUAUUCAUUCUGGGGCUAAACUUGCUAUUGGAUUUAAAUGUGGCCGUGUUGGAGUAAUUGACAUGAGUACCUUAUCUGUUGCGUUCUUUCUGAAUGAUAUAUCUUGCUCUGGCUCACCAGUCGUUUCAAUAAUGUCGAAAGAACUUACCAAUUCUCACAGCCUUGUGAAGAGCCCAAAGCACUCAGAAGCAAACAAUGUGACAAACGCUGUAAAGGAAGUAAUUUUCAUCUUGACAAAGGAUGCAACGAUGAAAGUGAUUGAUGGUUGUAAUGGUAACAUGAUCAACACACGGCAAUGGAACUUGAAAAAGGAAUCAAUUGCAAUUUCAAUGUAUGUUAUAGAGGGUAACAUUUCUUCUAAGUUAUGCAAUGAAAAGCAGACGGAAGAGUCCACAAGGGACACUGCUACUAUAGAGGAGCCUGUUCCAGAUGGUUCGCAGGCUGGAAUAAGUUCACAUGCAAUUGAACACAGGUCUUCUUCAGAUACUGCAUGCUCUGAGGAAAGUUUAUUGGACUCAUUUCUUUUGCUAUGUUGUGAGGAUUCAACACGCUUGUUCUCCACAAAAUCUGUAAUUCAGGGAAACAAUAAGCCUGUUUGUAAAGUGAAAUAUGCAAAACCUUGCAUUUGGACCACAACUUUUAAGAAAGAUCAAAGACUUCAGGGGUUGGUCUUGCUGUUCCAGACUGGAGGAAUUGAGAUCAGAUCUAUACCGGACUUGGAAUUGGUGAAAGAGAGCUCCUUGAUGUCUGUAUUAAGGUGGAAUUUCAAGGCAAACAUGAAUAAAAUGAUGAGCUCUUCUGAUAAUGGACAAAUUACACUGGCAAAUGGGUGUGAAGUGGCAUUCGUCUCUUUAUUAGCUAGUGAAAAUGAUUUUAGGAUUCCAGAGUCUUUGCCUUGUCUUCAUGAUCAGGUUCUUGCAGCGGCUGCAGACGCUGCCUUUAGUUUCUCUAUAAAUCAGAAGAAAAAGCAGGGUACUGCACCUGGAAUUUUAGGUGGUAUCGUCAAAGGCCUUAAGGGGGGAAAAGUGGACCAUUCUCUAGAUAAUACUAAAACUCCUAAAUCAACUUUCAAUCAUUUAGAGGGGAUAUUUUUGAAGUCUCCACGCCCAAACUCAUUUCAACCUGUAGAUCAUGAAGAAGCUGCAGAGCUCGAUAUAGAUGAUAUUGAACUGGAUGAUAUUGAACUAGAUGAACCUCCACCGGUAGCGUCUACUUCAUCUGAUCUUAAAAACACAAAGAAAGAAAAGGGAUCCGAAAGGGAAAGACUGUUUGAAGGUGGUACAGAUGAUGUGAAGCCCAGAUUGAGAACUCCUCAAGAAAUUAGGGCUGCCUAUGGCAAAGCUAGGGAUGCUUCUUCAGUGGCUGCAAAUGCAAGAAAUAAGCUUGUAGAGAGGCAGGAAAAACUUGAGCGAAUCAGCAAGAACACCGAAGAGCUUCAAAGUGGAGCUGAAGACUUUGCAUCAAUGGCAAAUGAGCUCGUAAAGACGCUAGAAAAUCGAAAAUGGUGGCAGAUAUGAACAAUUGGCUUCGUUAAUAUUUGCUUGUGGUGGUCUGCGUAUUCUACGUGUUUGGCGGCAUAGGAGAAUUCCCUCUAAGCCUUAAAAGUGAGAAAUGUGGUUCUCUAAAGGUGAAUUGGAAAGACGAAUGGAUUUCAUGUGCCUUUUAAGAUGUCAAGUAUAGGAUAAUCACUACAUUUACUUAUACUAGUUUUUUAGCGCGCGGGUAAAAAUCAAAUAAAAAACUGAUUUCACAUGUAGUGAAGUUUUUGUUUAUAGUUUAGAAUUAAUUAGUUUAGAUUUAUUUUAAAGAUAAUAAUUUCUCAU